CAGUCGUCAAAACACUGGAACAUUGUUGUAGUUUUUGUUUUCAAAAUUUCACUUCCAUGUGGUGUAAUUCAUAUAUGAAUGCAUUAGGUUUUAUGGAAAGUCGAAAUCAUCAAUGUAUUCUAUGUAAAUGUAAUAGUUUUACACCAUGUACAACUAGUCUUCGAUAUUGUUCUAAAUGUAACCAUUCAUGGACAUUUCAUGCAAUAAAAAAUUUUGUAAUUUAUAUCAAUCAUUUCAAUGAGCAAUUCAUAUCAACAUCAUCAACUAGUCUAUUACACAUUUUUAUGAUUCUAUGCCAAUUAACAAAUUUAAUUCUUUGUGGUUGUCAAUUAAUUCCAAUUCGAAUGAAGUUUUUAUUGGAUCAUUUCAAUAAGAUUUAUUUAACAAAAUAUCAAUUUGAACAAAUUUUGAAAAUAUUUGGUUGGUCUUUAAUAGACUAUACACGUGGUUACAUGAUAAAUAAUCCUAAACAAUCCAUAUUGAAUAUGUGUACACCUGAUGAAGAGUAUAUAAUUUUGAAACAAAUUAGAAAUUUACCAAAUUUGAAAUUAUUGGCUGAUAAUUUAUUAAAAACUAUUCAACUUGAUCUUAUUCAAGAGAUAAAUAUAACAAAUAUGAAUAUUAUACAAGAUAAAGAUUUAUGCAAAGUUCCAGUGUCUUCUGUAUCAUUCUUGAAUAAUAAUAAUAAUGACAAUAAUAAUAAUUCAACAUUUCAAUUGUUACCUCAACAGAUUACGUCAAACAAAAUAUCAUCGAAUUCCAGAAUAUUCAAUUCCUACUUUUUGUCAAAUCAAAGUUUAAUUAAUCACAGUAAUGAUUCAACAUUUAUUCAAUGUUUAAAUGAUACAUUUGACAAUUUAAUUAAUAAUAAUAAUAAUAAUAAUAAUAAUAAUAAUAAUAAUAAUAAUAAUGGUCAUGAUAAGUUUUCGUCGGUAGUCAGUUCAAUUCCUGGUGAUAAUGCUCGCUCAGUUAGUCAGAUUCCUGAUGGUGAUAAUGAUGAUGAUGAUGAUGAUGAUGAUCAGAUCAACUUGCCACAACAUAAUCAAUUUAAAAGACAAGAAAUAUUGAAUAUGAAAAAUGAAGUAUUCAGUGUAAAUCCUGAACUUUUAUUGAAAUGGAUUAGUAAAUUUCCAUUGAAUAUGUUAAGCUAUCAAAAUCAAACUGAAAGAUUAAUUAAUCAAAUAAAAAAUCUUAGAAAUAUUAUUCCUACUUAUUGGACAGAUAGUCUUAGCAAAGAAGCUAGACAUAUUUAUUCAGAUCAAUUUCAACAAUCUAAUGGUGUUUCAAGUCAAGAAAUUAUACAGAAUAUACAAGUAAUAACUACUGAAUAUGCUUAUGAUCAUUAUUCUUUGAAAUAUCCAUAUACUCCAAUUACAAUAAAUCAAACUUUAAUAAGGAGUAAUAAAUUUGAACAAAGAAAUAAGAAACGUGUUAUGUGUCCAAAUUGUAGGAAAACAUUCUGUGAUAAAGGAGCACUUAAAAUUCAUCAUAGUGCAGUUCAUUUGAAAGAAAUGCAUAAAUGUACUAUAAAUGGAUGUAAUAUGUGGUUUAGUUCAAGACGAAGCCGUAAUCGUCAUUCAGCUAAUCCUAAUCCACGUUUACACAUAUUACAUAUGAAUAGAAAUAAUGAAAAUCACAAUAAUGUUGUAAAUUAAAUUAUGUAUGUCUUCAUC